GAAUUUAUUUUUAUUAUUUAUUUAGAUUAGUCAGAGAAUGCGAUGAAGAAUACGAAUUACCAGAGCUAGGUAUUAAAAUACCAAAAGGAAUGAAUAUUCUAAUUCCUAUUUAUGCUAUGCAUUAUGAUAAAGAAUUUUUUCCAAAUCCAGAAAAGUUUGAUCCUGACAGAUUCUUAUCAGAAAACCGAAGUUCAAUUCUUCCAUUCACUUAUCUUCCAUUUGGAGAAGGCCCAAGAAACUGUAUUGGAAUGAGAUUUGCUUUAAUGGUAGUAAAAAUGUGUCUCGUCUACAUCUUUCGCGAUCUUCGAGCGGAAGCUACAGAGGAAACAAAAUUGCCUUUAGAGUAUUACGUGGGUCAAGGUUUUCUUCAGCCAAAGAAAAUUAUGGUCAAAUUAGAAAAAAGAAAAUGAACUAAUAAUGUCUGAUAACAAUAUCAUAAUUAAUUAAUUUAAUGUUUUCUACAAUGUCUG